AUGUUCAUUGGUAUCAUAGGACCAAAGAGUAGUGGUAAACAUACCAUUGUAGAAUACCUCUUGGAACAACAUAAUUUUGAAUUUCUGGCUAUAAGCAAAAAUGUGGAUACUUUCAACCGAAAUGUCUAUUUGAACGCAAAGAUAUUUGACAAUGCUGACGACGUACAAGCUUAUGUCACUGAGCGUUGGCAGGAUAACUUUGUCAUUUGUGACAUUGAUUGUGAGGAACUUGAUGUGCUAAGAAAGAGACCGUUUUUCCUGUUGUUGGCAGUCGAAGCACCUGUAACUUUGAGAUAUCAGCGUUCAGUUAUCAGGUACAGACAUAGAGCUAAAGAGCUUUUAUCACUCGAAGAAUUUUUGGUACAAGAUGAUCGUCAUAUGUAUGGUAUAUCUGUCAGUGAUAACACUCAAAUAAUACGCAAGACCUUAUUCGACACAAUGAUGGCAUCUGAUCUAUUGAUUACAAACAUAUACCCAACUAUAGAACAACUUUAUGAAGCCUUGAAUAGGUUAAAGAUUACAGAUAAGGAGAGACUACGACCCUCUUGGGAUACUUACUUUAUGCAAUUAUCUGACUUAGCAGCAAGAAGAUCCAAUUGUAUGAAACGACGGGUUGGCUGUAUUCUAGUCAAAGAUUCUAGAGUUGUAGCCACAGGAUAUAAUGGAACCCCCCGUGGACUACGAAAUUGUAAUGAAGGAGGUUGUCCAAGAUGUAAUGAAGCUGCACCCUGUGGGACUGGGCUUGACAGAUGUCUUUGUAUGCAUGCAGAGGAAAAUGCCUUGUUUGAAGCAGGGCGAGGUGGUGUCAGCCUUGAAAAUGGCGUCAUCCUCUAUUGUAACACAUGUCCCUGCUUAGGCUGUGCCAUCAAGAUUGUACAACAAGGAGUAAAAGAGGUGGUGUAUAACAAGUCGUAUGGUAUGGAUGAAAUGACAGCCAAGGUAUUCAAAGAGGCAAAUGUUAAGCUCAGGCAACACUGUCCGCCGACAUUACGUAGGGACAUAGACUAUUAG